AUGGGGGCAAUACAAGCCACAAUCUUUGCACUCUGUAUUGAGAAGGAUUGGAGCCAAUGGAAGUUGGGCUGGAAUAUUAGGCUUCUAACUUCAGCUUUUUCGGGAAUUGUGGUCUCUGGAUUAGUUUUAAUUGUCACUGCUUGGUGUGUAAGGCUUAGAGGUCCAUUGUAUGCAUUGGUUUUCAGCCCUUUGUCACUUGUUAUAGUGGCUAUUUUUGCUUCCAUGAUGUUGGAUGAAAACCUAUAUGUAGGAAGUGUAAUUGGAGGGGUGCUAAUUGUGUGUGGCUUGUACAUGGUGCUGUGGGGUAAAAGCAAAGAAAUGAAAAUGACCCCUCAGUUAGUGUCAUCAGACAAAGAAAAUUUUGAACCCAGUACUGUGGUUGUAGUCAUUGCUACACUGGAUUAUGACAAUAGUGACUAUGACAACAAUAACCACACAUGA